AUGAGUGCGUCCGUGGAGUGGGCGAUUCCGUCGGAGAACGUAAAGAAGUAUGAAAAUCUCUUUGAAAACAUGGAACAUGCUGGUGAUAAAGUGUCUGGCGAGGUCAUGAGCAAGUUUCUUCGUGAUACCAAACUUCCCGUGGAAACACUUCGGAUCAUUUGGGAUCUCUCCGAUCUCGACCAAGACGGCUACUUGGAUCGCUUUGAGUUCAUUUUGACGAUGCACCUAGUGUGUCUCUGUCUGGAAGGUCGUCCCCUGCCCCAGACCCUUCCUAUGAACCUCGUGCCGCCGAACAAACGUGGAGGCGUCUCAGAACCCCUUGCUCUCAUGCCGCCCCCCUCUCUACCUUCCUCUUCCGGCCUCUCUGAUCUCGGGGUUACUUCACCAUCUACCCCGUCUGCGAUUUCCGCCCUAGCUGGGGGCCCACCACCACCCAUGCCCGAUUGGGCGAUCAGCAAGGCUGAGCAGACCCAAUACUCUGCGGUCUUUACUAAAUUGGACAAAAACAUGGAUGGAAUGGUCACGGGGGAGGAUGUUCGCGAUUUUUUCAUGCACUCUAACCUUCCACAGACCGUGUUGGCGCGAAUUUGGGAUCUGGUCGAUCUUCAACACACUGGCUCUCUGAAUCAAGAGCAAUUCAUAGUGGCAAUUCAUCUGGUUAAUGAGCAGAUAGCCUCGAGGUGCUCUCGAGAUCUUCCCACCUCCUUGCCACCGGCCCUCAUUCCGCCCAGUCUACGACCGGUCACUCUGGACAGCAAAGAAUAUGAGGAAUCCAACAAACUGCUGGCAGAAAUUGAUGAAAUCCGAAAAGAGUGUCUAUCAGUGGAGGCUCAAUCAACCAAGCUCUUGGUCGAGGCGAGUCAGCGCUCGACUGAGCUUUCAAGCAUGACUGCGGCGGCGGAGACGCUAGCCCAAACGGCGCUCAAUCUCGCAGCACAGCGGGCCCUUGCCGAGCGCUAUGUCGCCGAUCGCUCUGAACGUCGCGCUGCCCUCCGUCUACAGCUGACUGAAGUCUCUGAAGCUGCAAAGGAACGCAAAGUGGCCGUGGAAACCCUCCGGGGUCAAGUGACUACCCAACAAAUCUCUAUUCGACUAACUGCACCACAUAUGUGUGACUUGGCCUCAGGGAAGGAAGCCGUGGGGUCUCGUUCUCAAGUGGAGGAGGUGGUUCAACUCCGCAACGCCAUCACCGACCGCAAGCGAGAGGAGACCGCAUUGCUUCAACAGGUUGCUGAGCGUCGAAGUCGUGCAGAGGCUGUGGAAACAGAAAAUAAAGCUAUUUCUUCGCGCAAUGACCUGGAGGCGAAAAAGAUAUCCAAUCUGGAGUCUAUUCGUGAGAAACUGCUUUUCUCCCUGGACCAGUAUGCCAAACUACUCGCGGGUGACACCACCACUGUGGAACCUGAAGAGGCGCUCAUUCAACAACUCACGGCGGCAGUAGCAGCGGAGAAGGAGCAAGUGACUGAAGCCGGCCUCAGUUCAGUCGGCAUGCAUCCACUACCCCAAAUGAUCGCAGACCAAAACUUUGCCUCCUUCUUUACCUCCCCAACUUCUGAAAGUGACAAAAACAGUCCAUUUGGCAACGACCCAUUCAGUACUGGUUCUGUGGAUGCAUUCGGUGCAGGUACUGGCUUUGGUGCAUCGGCGGGAGCUUCGAUGGAUCCCUUCAUGCCCGCUGCUUCUGAUCCCUUCUCACCACUAGUCAAGGCCUCCUCCGAUCAUCCCAAAUUUCCGUUCGACUCCAAUAAAUUCGAUGCCAUUUUUGGUAGCGCGCCCUCCGAAUCCACCGACUACCCCUUCCCCUCCACGGCCACAAACGCCAACAAUGGAGGUGGUGGUAGUGGCGGUAGCGGUGUUGGAACCAAAAAAAUUCCUCCUCCACGCCCCCCUAAUCAGCCCAAUGUUAACAAGACCAAGGCCAAUAGCGUGACGGAAUCAUCUCGCCACGGUGAUUCACCGAAAAGUCGCUUCCGCAGCGCCCUUGACAAGAUCGGAGGCAACGGGAUCUCCUCACGCGGUCGCGGCGCGUUUCGUAUUGCUAGUGUCGGAGGUGGAGGACGGGAAGCAGCAGCGGCUGCGGCAUCAAUGAAUGAGGCGGAACAGAUGCGUUGGGCCACCCGCGAGAGUCGGCGGGCGGCGCAGCAGGAGGAGAAACUGCGCGCUCAAGAAGAGGCCGAUUUAGAGUUGGCGCUGCGGCUCUCGUAUCUUGAAGCAUUGGCACGAGGCACGAAUUAG